AUGUCGACACAAAUGCUCGAGUUGGCAUACGCCGUCAAUUCCGUACACUGCACGCGGUCCUCGUCGCCGCUGCCGAUCGCACCGCGUCUUUACAUCAAGGCCAUCGACGGCGAGCUCACGUUUCCACUCUCCGAGACGCAGUUGGCGGCGCUCGCGGCGCAGUACCCGGCCGAGCCCAUGCGCAUUCCGUCGUCCGACAUUUCCUUUGUCGGUGCAAGUGCACACGAGCUCGUGGACGGCGCGCUGCGUGCGCAGCAGCUCUCGGCACUGCAUCCGUGGGGAAAAUUUAGUACGUCGUUUAGCGAUCUCGUCAUCGACCGCCGCGGGUCUGUCCUCGCUUGGACACGCGACGUCGAGCCCGAAGAUCACACGUUUGGUACAAUGGUGCAGAUGCUUCCGUCUACCGCGCGUGGUGGCGCGGUCACCAUCACAUGCGACGACGAUCGAUCGACCACAUAUGAGACGGUCGACGACUCUCUCGUGAGCUUGUACUCGGCCUGCGACGUUUCGGUGAUGCCCAUUGUGUCGGGCUACCGCGCUGCGCUUGUGUACCGUCUGCACCACUCUUCGUACAGGUAUGAAUGCGAUGUCCCGGGCCUCGUCAAGUCGAUGGCACCACUGCCGACACCGACAGUCGCUAGCAUGCGAGCUGCCGCCGCCGAUGUCGCUAUAUUGACCCACGUUGCUAUGCCAUUGUACUUGUCGAGCCACACGUCGACCUUCGAGUCGUUGACAAAGCGAGAAGAGGCCAUCGUGGCGUAUCUCGUCGCCACCGACGCCGUCGACGUUGCACUCGUCGGAGAUGGAUUGCCCAACACGUUCCACCCCGCGUGCAACGUCCCGACGGAGGUGCAAAAGGCCUGUAGUCGCUACUAUGGCAUGCGAUGGUUCAUUCCAGAGCCAAUGAAAGUCGUCGAGCCGAGUUGGUCGUAUGCUUCGCGCCAGGCCAAACUGCACCCCAAGCCCAAACGCGCGUACCUCGCCGUUUGGCCCAAGGCGCACCGCGUGUACUUUGUCGGUCUCGACCGUACACUUGAUUUGAUGGCUGCCUACACCGCGGGAACAAGCACCGACUUGCUUGGUCUGCCAUCGCUUCGAGCCGUCGCGGCCGCGGUCGUUCUGCUUUGGCGCCGCGCUGUCGCGCCACCAACCAACGGCACGUCCAAGCGCUUCAUGUACCGACUGUCCGUCACAAACACGUUGUGGUACCGUACGGGUUUGGUGCUUCUGCACCAUCUUCGCGACAAUGAGCUCACGAUGUCCUUUCUCACGACCCUAACCGCCGAGCUGUUUUGGCCCAGCCCGGACGACGUGAGCUAUUGGUUUGCCGACGUCGUCGACGAACUCGACUUUGGCGCGGUCGCGGCUCACGUCUUGUGCCAGAUCGACGCCGGUGCCACGCGCAUCGGUGACGAUGCAAUGUACGUGCGCUUGCUAGCGACGUUUCUCUGGAACACAGAGCUUCGUACCGCGUGGCCACACGGCGUCGAGCUCCUCCACGACGGGCUGCAUCGGCUGCUCGCGCGCUGUGGCACGGCUACGAUGGACCAUGCGACCGAGUACCUUGUCCAUGCGCUGCCCCUACUCUCGUGCAUCGACGAGCAAGGCGGCGACCCCACGAUCGGCCGCGUCCUCGCCUCACGGUUGCCCGCACCGGUGCUGGCGAUCGUCGACAGUUUUGUGCAUGUCGCAACACCGUUUCUGAGCAUUGUGGCGGGCAAUCCAAGCUUGUCGAAGGCCCUCCCAGUGGCGCUCUAUGCAUUGCGCAACACGUCGUUGUCCUUUUCGCUGCAGCCGUACAUCGACUUGGCCGUCGAUGUGUAUCGCGCACCGCCGAUCGGCUGCACCGCCGACGACGACGCGGCGCUCAUGGCGCUCACCGCCGGGACGCCACCGUUUGAUUGGCUGUUUGAGCGGAACGCAGCAUCGUUUGAGACGCGUCAUUGGGCAACUGCGCUCUCGUCGCCUAAUUUGACCGUGACGGUGGACCAAGCGUCGCACGUACUGGCCGUCGCCCUGGACAGCCUACCGCGGAGCUUGCCGCUGACUGCGCUCUCGGACGAGACGAGCUUGUGCGAUCGCGCGAUCCUCGCGACCAGUGCUCUGCGCAUCUGCUACUACUUGAAGGACUUUGCGGCGCUCGAGACCGUGCUUCAGCGCGUGUACGCACAGCAAGCCAAACACGCGUCGCCGAUCACGUACAUCAUGGACAUGCUCAUGCCUCUUCAUGACGCGUGCGUCGAAAUGGGCUGCCAUGCGCUUGCUGUCGACGUGGCCACGCGCUGCUUUCGAGAGCUAAGGGCGUACGUCAAAGCCGCCUUGCGCGGGCCGCCACUGCCACAACUCGCGUGGUGGUGCCGAUGCUAUACAUGUGGCACAUUUCUUUGCUUCAUGGAUAAAUCGACGAGCAAUCGACUUUGGCACCCGACGAGGGGCUCGACGUUCGGGCACGCGUGCGAGUACUUUCUCAAGUACGUGCGCGCUGGGCACAUUGGCCGGUAUCCGACGCGACGUGGCGCCCCUGUCAUUUCGCACGACAUGAAGCCAGAGACCGGAUCACGGAUGCAAUUUCCGUUCGUGCUCGACUACGUAGCGUCCAAGAACCGCAUCGAUGCAGUACGUGACGCGCUCGAGGAUUUGAACGAAACGCUCCUGUAUACACCAAAGGCCCUUUAGGGGUGUUCAACACUAACUAAGCUUUAUGUAUACUCGUU